AUAGGCAAGGUCCAUGUGGGCCGAGGAGAUGUGGAUGGCUGUAGUUAUCUGCGACAGGCUCUAGUAAGUAUUCAUACCUCUCUCCUAGGAUGUAGUACACCUUGGGGUAGGUCCUAAGUGUCAUAGGGAGGGGGUAGAUAGGUGGUGGUUAUCUCUGAGGAAGAGCAGAGUGCUCCAGCCUGAGGGAGCGUUUGCACCUCCCCGUCAGUCUCCCCAGAAUGUAGAGAUCAGGCUGGAAGUGGUUGCUAAACGUUGCAGAGUAGAAAUUAAUAUAAUUAAUGUUAGGAGUGUGACUGCCGAGUCGGCAUUGUGCAUUUGGUAUUUGUUUUAAAAUAGCUUUAGGAAUAAUGUGCGUGAUUUUCUUGGGGUUCGCUUAAGAGAAUACAUCAGGGUAAACUUAGUGAAGGAAAACAAUUUCUAUGCUAUGGUCAAGUACAAAGUGAGCCCCAGAGCGCCCAACCACUUAGUUGAAUGCUCAAAACUCAAUGCUCUGCAGACUGUUUUCUUGAUUCCCCACAGUUUAGAGCUCUUGAAUCAUGAGUUAAACAGGAAUUUUUUGAUUCAGGAAUCCAUGACCUUCCGGGACGUGGCCGUGGACUUCACUGGAGAGGAGUGGAGGUGCCUGGAGCCGGCCCAGAGGGCCCUGCACAGGGAUGUGAUGCUGGAGAACUACCAGAACCUGGUCUUUCUGGGACUUCCUGUUUCCAAGCUGGAUGUGAUCUCCCUUUUGGAGAGAGGAGAAGCCCCUUGGCGGCCCGAGGGAGGAGGCCCCCCUGACCCUUGUCCAGGUAAGUAUGCCCUUAGUCAGGAAAUCAGAUUUGAAACCAAAGAUGCAAGUCUGAUAAAGUUCAUUUGCAUGGAAGAGCUGUCUAACACAAGACUUCCAGCAAAUAUUCCCUGGCAUUCCAGGACAACAGAGCCAAUGGAACCAAUGGGAUGUGACAUUAAUUUAGAGAUACAGAAGGACAACCAGGAGAGACAAUCCAGACUAAUAACCAUCCCACAGACAACAAUUUUAGAUGAAAUGACUGUACCACUUCAUAAUAUUUUGGGAGGAAGUUUUAAUCAGGCAUCAAUCUUUGUCCCAUCAUGGAGAAAUCCUGGGGGAAAAAGUCUCCGUAAAUAUAAGACCCUUGAAAAGCAGGUAAAGGGUUUUUCAGACUUAUUUUUAUGCAGUGCUUUUUCCUUAGGGAAGAGCCUUUCUAAGAAUGACAGAUGCAAGAAGCCUUUUAGUUACCAUUCAGACCUAAUUAAAUUUCAUAGAACACAUACUGGAGAGAAGCUCCAUGAGGACAAUGAAAGGGGACGAACUUUUGGGAAAAGAUCUCGUGUUGCUGGGUGUCCGAAAAUUCAAAUUGGAGAGAAACGUGAAUGUGAUAAAUAUGGGGAAACCUUUAGCCACCGAAAAAGAUUGAUUAGAAUGAAGACUAUUAAUACUAGAGAGAAGUCAUUUGAAUGUAAUGAAUGUGGGAAAGCCUUCAAUGAUAAUAAAAUACUUGAAAACCAUAAUAGAAUCCAUACUGGCGAAAAACCUUUUGAAUGUAAUGAAUGUGGGAAAGGCUUCAGCCAGAGAGGAAACCUUAUUACUCAUCAGAGAACUCAUACUGGUGAAAAGCCAUUUGAAUGUAAAGACUGUGGGAAAGGCUUUAGUCAGAGAGGAACUCUCAUUAGCCAUCAAAGAACUCAUACUGGAGAGAAACCCUUUGAAUGUCAUGAAUGUGGGAAAGCCUUCAGUGAAUGGGGAUCUUUUAAUAGACACCACAGAACUCAUACUGGCGAGAAGCCCUUUGAAUGUCACGAAUGUGGGAAGGGAUUUAGCCAGAGGGGCACUCUCAUCAGUCAUCAGAGAACUCACACUGGAGAAAAACCUUUUGAAUGUCCUGAAUGUGGAAAAGCCUUUACUUCAAGUAAUGGACUCAAAACACACCAGAGAAAUCAUACUGGUGAAAAACCCUUUGAGUGUCAUGAAUGUGGAAAAGCUUUCAGUGAGCGGAAGAUACUUAGAAUCCACCAGAGAACUCAUACGGGAGUGAAACCCUUUGAAUGUCAGCAAUGUGGGAAGGCCUUUGGUGACAAUAAUGUCCUCAAAAGCCAUCAGAGAACGCACACUGGAGAAAAGCCCUUUGAGUGUCAGGAAUGUGGCAAAGGCUUUAGUCAGAAAGGAACGCUUAUUAGCCAUCAGAGAACUCACACUGGAGAGAAGCCCUUUGAGUGUCGGGACUGUGGCAAAGGCUUCAGCUGGAGAGCGAGCCUUAUUGCACAUCAGAGAACUCACACUGGAGAGAAACCUUUUGAAUGUAGGGAAUGUGGGAAAGGCUUCAGACAGAGGGCAAACCUCACUACACAUCAGAGAAUUCAUACUGGAGAGAAACCUUUCGAAUGUAACCAGUGUGGGAAAGCUUUCAGUAAGAGUAAUAUUCUCAAAACACAUCAAAGAACUCACACUGGAUUGAAGCCAUUUGAAUGUAAUCAGUGUGGAAAGGCUUUCAGUGAUGGUAAUGUCCUCAAAAGCCAUCAGAGAACUCACACUGGAGAGAAACCUUUUGAAUGUCGGGAAUGUGGGAAAGGCUUUAGUUGGAGAGCUAGCCUCAUUACUCAUCAGAGAACUCACACUGGGGAGAAACCCUUUGAGUGCCAUGAGUGUGGGAAAGCUUUCAGUGAGUGGGGCUCAUUUCAUAAACACCAGAGGACUCACACUGGAGAGAAACCCUUUGAAUGUCCUGAAUGUGGGAAAGGAUUUAGACAGAGAGUAAACCUGAUUACCCAUCAGAGAAUUCAUACUGGUGAGAAACCUUUUGAUUGUAAUGAAUGUGGAAAAGCCUUUAGUGAAAAGGGACACCUUAUCAGACAUCAGAGAACUCAUACUGGAGAGAAAUCCUUCGAGUGUGAUGAAUGUGGGAAAGCCUUCAUUGAGAGGAGCUCCUUUAAUAGACACCAGAGAACUCACAUUACCGGGAAACCUUUUGGAUAUAGUGAAUAUGGGACAACCUGUAGUCAGUGGGGAACCCUUGUUAGCCAUGAAUCAACUCACACUGGAGAAAACUCUUUGAAUAUAUUGAAUGUAGGAAGGGAUUCAGACAGAGGACAAACAUAGACUUAACGGAAGGUUUAGUUUAGAGAAAAAGAGGAUGGGUGGAGAAAACAAACUUACUAGACAUAAGAGAAUUCAGAGAGGAGAGAAAUUAUUUUAAUAUUUUUUGUAUUUAUCUUAAAUAUGAAAACCUCCAGUGCCAGUAAAAUAAUUUACAUAGUGACAUUUAUAUAGACACAUGUGUCUGUGUAAUGCAAAACAACCUUGAACAUUAUUUUUUAGAAAUCUGAUCAAUGAAAUAAUCAUUUAUGUAGAUUCAGUUGUAAUCAAUUGAGAGAAGACAAUGAAGUCUCUGACUAUGUGGUAAGUGUAGGAAAUACAUUUUCAUACACGGGGAAGGGACUUUGUUUUGUUUAACUAUACUUAACUAUACUUCUUACCAGAGAGGGAUUUUAUUUGGAGUGGGAGGAGUUGUUAGAUGAGAACAAGGGGCCAGUAACUGUUUUGUCUGUUCAGUUUUUUCAGUUGUGUUCAACUUUUAGUGAACUCAUUUGGGGUUUUCUUGACUAAGGUACUGGAAUGGUUUGCCAUUUCCAUCUCCAAUUCAUUUUAUAGAUGAGGUGAACAAAGUUAUGGGACUUGUUCAAGAUCACCUAGUUAGUAAGUAUCUAAGGCCAGAUUUGAACUCAAGAAGGGGACAUAAGAUCCAGUGCUCUAUCUGUUGUGUCCCCAGCUGCUUUGUGGCUAAUAGUAAUAGUGAUGCUAAAAAAAAAAAAAAAAAAAAAAAGUGUCAAUGACAUAUUUAAAAAUACAAAGAGAGCAGAAAGAAUUUCAGACAAGCAGCACAUAAUUAUUUCUCUUGUUAAAUUUAAUAUUUGCUUAAACUACCCAUAACAUAAUUUUACUUUGAAAUAAUAUCCUCUUUUUUGUGCUUUCUAUAUAUAGUAUUGUAAUGAAUUUAAUAACACUUGAACAAAAUAAUAAAGAUUCACAAUUUCAUAUGCAAUCCUGUUUUUCUGUUCUUUGUAUCUUUAUGUUUAAGAUGAUAAAAUAAUUUUAAUUGGGGGGGGGGGCGGGAAUUCUGCUCAGGCAGAUGAUCUGCUUCAUUUUUCAUCUCAGCAUUCAUGGUGAAGAAAAAUGCUGUAAAUGUUAUGAAUGUGGAAGAGGCUUCCUUGCAUCCCAGGACUCAGACUCCAGAGAAAAGUUAGUGCUCCAGGUCAGGAGAUGCAGGUCCCACGGAAAGCUCCUGGGGUGCUCGGCUGGGCGAGAUGGGAAGCACCAAGUCCGGAGCCAGCGAGGGCUCAAUGCUGAUGCCCCUGAAGUGCACGCUCACCGGGUUAAGAAAACAAGCCCCGGGCUGGCAGGAUUCUGAGUCAGUCAGCGUGCUUGGUUCUGGAAGUGCUGCUUGGAUGAUGCCUUUUCAGGUGGAGAAGUGGAGAAGGAGGGCUGGGUGGCCUGGGAAGUGCCUUAUGUCCUCCAUGUUGUUCAGUGGCCCGGAGGGCCUGUGGGGGCCCUGGAGGAGGAGGAGGUGCAGUGGGAAUGGUUAGUAGUGCUCACAGGCCUUCUGAACAACUUCCGACGGUUUAAGAGGUGCAGAGGACAGCCAGAGACGUCAUAGAACGGGGGAUGUGUGUGUGUGUCUGUGUGUAUAUGUAUGCGCAUGUGUGUAUGCUAUGCAUUAUGUACAUAUGUGCAUGUGCGUCUGUUGAUAGGUAUCUUAAACUUAACAUGUUCAAAACUAGCUCAUUCUCUCCCCCCGAAGCUUCCUCUCUUCCAAACCUGCCCUUUUGUCAGCGGUGCCAUUUCCUUUUGGUUCCCCCAGGUUUCACCCUUCUCAUGAUCCUCACCCUGCGUGGCCAGUUACUUGUAAAACCUGCCGUUCCUCCCCUCACUCCACUUGAGUCCCUCUCGGUCUCUCUCCCUGCGUUCUCAUCACCUUGAUGAGCCCCCUUUGAAUGGGGCUCCCUGGCUCAAGGCCUUCGGCACUCGAUUGCAGGUCACCCCACUCAGUUCUCCUUUAGGAUACAAUAGAAACGUCAGCUUUUAAAGCCCUGCACAAGCUGGCCUCGAUUUCUCUGUACUGUUCCAUUGGGCCUUAUUCCCCCCGGGUUUUCUUAUGAUUCAGUCAAGACGACUUUUGUUUUGUUCCUCACACAGGACCCUCCAUCUGUCUCUCUUCCUGCCUCUCGUCCCCCUUUGGCCAUCCCUCACGCCAAAAUGAAUUCUCUGCUGCCCCUGGUCCUCUCUUUCUUAAGAGGAAAAUCAGACUUUUCCCA